AUGGAACUAACUGAAUCUUAUCUUCUUCUCAAAGGAAAUACGUCUUCACUAAACGCGAUCAUUCCUAAAGACGACGAUUCUAAACGACUUAAUACGCAUCUCGAAGCAAUUCAUUCUGAUACAGUUAAAAAUGAAGAACAACGAUUGCAGAAGUCUUCACUGUCAUCAUUUAAUCAGAACUCAAUUCAUAUUGUUACUGGAACUAAUACACAAGCUUUACCAGAUGACAUUAUCAAUUCUGCAUCAUCUGAGCAACAUGCUCGUCGAACAGUGACAUUUGAUGAUGACACAGCGCUUUUCCAAUCGAUUUCGAAUCGACCUAUUCGUACAUCAUAUGUAAAUUUUCGAUUACCUAAUCAUGGCUUAAUUUCAAAUGAUCAACAAGAGGCAGAAUCAUCCAAUAACCGACAUUCAUUAGAUAAUGGUAUCGGUUCGGGUACAAUCAAUCUUACUACACCAGAUUUAACUCAACUCCUUUCGAAAGACGAAUAUAUUCCAGGUGGCUUUGCUAAUCUCGAUCAUGAAUUAGAAGAAGAAUUCUUAAAUGAUUUUGCCGAUGAAUUCGAUGAUGAAACAACGCGACGUAAUCGACAUAGUUCUUCAAUUCGUCCUAGUGAUUCUAUUGUAAAUGUUACUCGAUCACCAAUCGAACUCUGGCAACGUGUACGCAUUCUUAUUGCUGUUCAUCUCUAUAAGAUUCAAAAUAAAACACUUCAUUCAUAUGAUAAUACAUUCUCUACAUCAACAGUAAUCGAGCCAUCGAAAAGAAAAAUCAUUGAUAAUAAUAGGCUCCCGAGUGGAAUAGAUGAAUUUGAUUAUAUAGAAAAAUUAUUCGAACAAAAAGAAAAUAUAGAAGAACAAAAGAUUACAUUUGGUCUUUCAAUAAUACAACAAUUUUCGCUUGAUUCUUCUCAACAGUAUCAAUGUGUAGAUUUUUAUGAUGUUGGACAAGGAUAUAUUUUUACGUGUAAUGUUGUCAAUUUGGAUGUGCCACAAGUUAAUAUAAAAGAUUAUUCAAAUCUAGGACAACUUCAAUCAUGUAAUAAAUCUAACAAUAAAAAAUGUCAAGUAUCUGAACCAAUUUUGAAUCUAACAAUAGAUUCAUCAUUAACAAAAGCCAGUAAACUUGUUAUAUAUCCAAUCAAUAAAAAAUCAUCAAAUAAAAUUCAAUCAAUUGAGUUUGAUUGUCCUUUUCGAUUUAAUUUUAUGAUUUGUAUACCUAUCCUUCGGUUAAUUCUUAGUUUUAUUAAUAUUAAACAACAAAAAUCAUUAAUGAUAAUCAUCGGUGAUGCAUCACGUAAAGGUAUUUUUAUAUCAAAACAAGAAAUACCUGAUUAUGUUCAUAGCAUUCUUUAUAUACAUGAAUCAACAAUGCUUUUUGUUGGUAUGAAAAACUAA